GAGUCCUGUAAAAUUUACUGUGUAUAUAAAAUAUAUAUGUAUUCAACCGCCCGCCCGCUGUCCCUCUUGGAGGACAGAGGACACAGAGAGAGUGGAAUAAGUUGGGCUGUGGGGCGUUAAAUACCGUAUCGUAUGGAUUGCCAUCAUCGGCCCGUCAAGAGAUACUACAACGCAAGUUGGAAGAAAAUUUCCGAUUCUAAUCAGGGGUUAAUAAGAUAACAAUACUCAACACAGCUAUACUCACAUAUUUGGCGAAUGAAAAAUGGCCACUAACGUGCCUGUGGAUUUGCAAUAUUUUUACGAGGAUGUUGUUUAUCGUGUUGAUAAACGUGGUAACAUUGAAUUUGGAAUUGUCAUGGAGAAUGAUGAUCAGGAUUUGUCUGAAUCAAGUUCUGACAGUGAAGAGAGUCCUAAGAGAAAGAAGGGUGAAAUACGUGUGGUGUGGCAUCCAUCCGGAGUAGAGGAACUAGUCAAUUGCAAAAAGGUUCUUUUGGCUGAUAGAACACUAAUGCCCGGUGACGUGGUGAGGAGAAUGAUAAAAGGAAAGGAUACACAGCGGGGUUAUUGUCGUGAUAUUGAGUUGACUGCUUGUGUGCAGGUUAUUGGAACAAAGCAAGUGCUCACAAAUAUAAAGAGUGAAGACUUGACUCCCCUAGAGGAAUUCGGAACAGACAUUGCAGUUUGUAUGGACUCAUGGGUUGGUGGAAUUCGUAUGGUGCAUUUUAAGCUGUGGCUUGCAACACCCGAUGGCUCACAAUGUGUUAUUAAUGAAAUGGAUGCACAGGGGUUGGCACAUUUCGAGGAAAGACGAGACAGUGACAAUGAUUUUCCCCAUUCAUCGGAAUUUUAUCCUGGCCAGUGUCUCUGGGGGCCAAUUCAGUGUCUUGAGGAUGCUGAAUGGAUAGUAUGCACUAAAGAAAUGAUGGCUAAACGUAAAUCAAAACCACAGAAAAAAACCAAAGUUAUUGUCCAACAAGUAGAAGCUGAUUGGGUAGGUGUACAUUGGCAAUGUAGAGCUUAUUCAAAAGAUGGUGCCUUGUCACACCAGAUGCAGCCAAAAUUUUUGGUUGACGGUGAUGAUUUAAAGAAAUUGAAGCUGCUCAAUGUAUUUGAGCCCUCGACACUGCAGGUCGGUGAUCGUGACUUUUAUUUAUUAAAAGGAAAUGAAAAUGUUAUAACACGCGAACAGUGGAGAAAGCAACAACGAGAAGUAUUUCAAGUUCCUAAACACAGUCCACGUAAAUCUCGUGUAAAAAUAUCUGAUAAUAAACAAAAAGAUAGCAAAGACAACGACACGAAAGAAAAAAUUAAAUUAAUGAAGAGUGAUGGAAAAGUGGAUACAGCAAAAAGUGAAGAGCACAAUACAAACAACAGCAGUAAAUUGAUGCUUCCUAGUGCAUGCAAUAACGAUAGCUCCGAUGACUGGGAUACUGAGGACACAGCAUCACAGAGCGAUACAGCCUCCAUGUCGAGUGGUGGCUCUAGUAUGUCGUCAACGGGUAAGAAAAAAAACAAGGGGCCUGCUCUAAUGACCAAAGUAUUGAAGAAGAAAAAAUUGAUAAAGGCUAAGAAAAAAGUUGCACCAGCUCCAUUGAUAACAGGCUCGAAAAUAGUCGUUGAAACUUUGUCAACAAAUACAAGAGCCAAUGUUGUGUGGCAAGAUGGCUCAGUGGAGCUUGGCAUACCCUCAACUCAACUUUAUCCAAUUCAUCAUUUGGAUGAUAAGGAAUUUUUCCCCGGUGAUUUUGUUAUUGAUCAAAAAGAGGAGUCCAGAAUGUACGGGGUAGUACAGUCUGUUGAUCAUCAGGGAAGAACGGCGAAAAUAAAGUGGUUUCGCACGUACACUUCCAGCCAAAGUCCACAGCCAACGUUUCUAGAGGAGCGAGAAGUAUCAGUUUAUGAUUUAAAAGAUCAUCCGGAUUUUCAGUAUCGUCCCGGUACUCUAGUCAUUCGUAUUGCUAAUUUUGAGGGAGAAGACGCUGGCUGUACGGCAGGCCAGGUUUUGGAUAAUUAUCCGGAAGGUAGAGUUAAAGUUUGGUGGGUGGAUGGACACGUGAGCAUGUGUUGGCCUCAGGAUCUGUAUAAAGUUGGUGAAUAUGACAGUGAUGAAGGUGAAUUGUGGGAUGAAGUCUCGUCCGAUGCCUCCUGGGAAACCGAACUCGAAGACUGCUUCAUUGCUGACAAUGAUGGAACUGAACAAACAGAAAAUAUUAAACCCAAAUUGGCAGCUCAUAUUGAAAAAGCCAGAAUUGCAAUGUCAAGAUUGGAGGAGAUUUUCACUCAAAAUCCAGCUUUACAAACAACUGAAGUUAUGAGAAAACUUCUUGAAGUGUACAAAGACUGCAGAUACAUGGAUAAACUUAUGGGGACUUCUUUUUUUCAUGAAAGUAAUUUUCAAGGUUUGUUAGAGCGCGUGAGAGAGAGAGGACGUGCUAAUGUUGCUCAAAGAGUUGCUGAUCAAGUUAAUAGACUAUUUACUCAUGAAUGUGGUGGGGCUUCUCUCGAAUCCAGUACCGCCGUUAAUGCUUAUCAAGAAAUAACACCAAUCGAUGAAACUAUUGAAACUAAAGACGAGACUACACAUCCCGAGGAUUCGGGUCUCUUUUCAGCUGAAAUAUCAAAAAAGGGAUCGGGCUCAAGUGAUUCCAGCGCCGGUGAAUUUCCACUCUCUGAGGAUCCAAAUGUUGAUCGCUCAACAUCACCACCACCAGCAAUUUCCAAUAGUAAUACUCCAGCAACAGAAGAAAAUAAGUUAUCCAGUGAAACAUUUAUAAAUUGUCAUGUUGCAAAUUCUCAUGUUUGUGUCAAACUUUGUACUCUCAUCAAAGCUCAACUUGUCCUCGCACAUGCAGAAGUGUCAAAGAGAUUUGGUCUGUCACGAAUGUCCUUGUCAGAUGCUGCGAAAACAGGCUCACCACAGAAAAAACCAGCGAUCAAAGAGGAUGACGAACUCGUUAAUGAAACAUCUGUGGCCGCUAGUGCUACAGGAACUGAUGCUGAUAGCAUUGAAAUUCCUCAAUCAUUGGUUGAAAUGCCAAUGCCACAUUAUGCAGAGGGUGAAGGAUUUUCUGUUGAAGAAAGUGCACCAGAUAGUCACAAAUUUAAAUUAACAAUGUUUCAACCCACUGAUCCGGCUAAUUUCUUCAGAACUGUCUCAAAAGAACUGAAAUUAUUGAGGAGCUCCCUUCCCCCAGGCAUAUGGGUCAAAGGAUUUGAAGAUAGGAUAGAUCUUUAUUCAGUCAUGUUCAGAGGACCUGAAAAGACGCCUUAUGAGGAUGGAUUGUUCUUGUUUGAUUUCCAAUUGUCUGCUGAUUAUCCAGCUGCACCUCCACUCUGUCAUUACAUAUCCUACUGCAGUGACAGACUAAAUCCAAAUUUAUAUGAGGAUGGCAAAGUGUGUGUCAGUCUUUUAGGCACUUGGGCUGGGCGAGGUACUGAAUUAUGGACAAGUUCGUCUACACUUCUUCAAGUUAUCGUCUCAAUUCAAGGCUUGAUUCUCGUGUCUGAACCAUAUUUCAAUGAAGCUGGCUUUGAAAAACAAAGAGGCUCACAACAGGGCCGAGAAAAUUCGAGAAUGUACAAUGAAAUGGUUGUUUUGAAAUUGGUUCAGGCCCAAACCAAGCUUUUACAACAUCCUCCCUCAGUUUUUAAAGAAGCCAUUAUCAGGCAUUUUGAGAAACACGUUGAGAAAUUGCUACAGCGGCUUGAUAUGUGGAUGGAGAUUUCAGAGCAUCAUAAUAAUCAGCAUCCAUUGUCGCCAUUGACUCCAACAGCAUUUAAGGACUUUUCACAAAUUGAUGAAAAAAUUCUGCCUCAGUUUCCUCUAGUCCCAGCGUCCCGAGGUUUUUGCAUCACCCUCCGAAAGACAUUGGCCAUCUUCAAACAAGUCUUGGUGAAGGAGGAAAUUCUUCAGAAAAAUAAUUUUACCGAGGCACUCUCCAAUGCCGAUUCAAAACCUCAAGCAAUAGUGUCAACUUCAACAGUACAAUCGGCCUCUUCGCGCCAACAACAAUGUGUCGACGAUAAGAGUAACUAUUCACAAAGUCAUUUGAAUGAGACGAAAAAAGAACUGUCCGAGAGGAGUGCAAGCUAGCCACUAGGUAAAUUCAUAAUUAUUCAAUUUAUAUUAAUACUUAAACGAUAAUCAAGUGAUGCGUUGCUGCAAAUUCAAACAGAGUAGUCGAGCUUUAACAUGAACACGUUCGCAAAACUCCUUAUCCUUGAGAAAUAACUAGAAGAAAACAACAAUUGAUUAAUUGAACAUACAAUUAAAAAAUACAGUGCUCAGGGUGCUCCGUACUGACAAUUGUAUUUUGAUACGAUAUCAGCGUGGGGUGCGUGAAGCCAUCGUGUCAUAGGAUAUUGCCAAGACUAUUAAAAUAAUCACUCAAUUAAGAUUGCUGAUAAGCGCGAUUCCUCAUAUAAAUAACAAUAAUUAUGCAAGCACUUCGUUAUAUAUUCAAUUUUCGACGCCGUGAACGAUAAAUUGCGCUUGGUAAAAUCAUUGGAUCAACUGAUGUAAGCAUUACAUGAACAUUUUGAGUGAGAAAAAGAGAGUAGAGAAUUUACAUGAUGUAUUAAAUUUUAAAUAAUAGAAACUUCACGUAUAGUUAGAUUAAAGCUAUAUACAAAUUAGACUCAACACGACAUUACACCGAAGUCAUUACACGCCAUCCAAUACUGAUUAGAAAUUACAUAGUAUUAAACGAAAGAUACUUUAACAAGUUCUUCGUUCGAGAGAAAAAAGAUAAUGCUAUUUGAUGAAGUUUUCGCGAGUGUAUAGGUAUUAGUUAUAGAUGAAAUGAUAAAUUCGUAUUUCAACACGCGAGUAUACGUAAAUAUAUUUCUUGUAAAAAAAAUCAAUACAAAAAAUGGGAGAAGAAAGAAAAGAAUAUUCCGUGAAAAAGGCUUUGUAAAAAUGUAUUUCCAAAUAUUAAACAUUUGGUAGAAUGACUUGGGGUCUAAGAGUUAAAUGAUUAUUGUAGUGCUUAGGCUUUCAAGGCAACGGAGAAGCUGUUUAAAGCUACUUGAGUAUUACUAGAACAUUACUUUCUAACUGUUGCGUUUCAUUUCUUUACCACAAUAAACGAUAUCCACCGAAUUUUAGUUUUUCGUCGUAAAGAAUUGUAUGUGGAAUCGUUAUUACAUAUUUUCAUUGUAAAGAAGUGAAGAAAUAUUUGCAUUUGAGUGAUUUAUGAAGAAAUUAGAAAGUGGUCCGUCGAGUUGAGUGAAUGGAAGGUUUCAAUUAUUCUCUGAUUAAUAUUCGGAAACUAGGAGAGAUAGCACAAUUUUGCUGACAGUCUUUUUUUAAAGAGCAGAAAAUGAUUUAUAGAAAAGGUCUUACCGAAAAUUUGGCUAUCACGCUUCAAUUUUCUGUCAUAUAUUGAAAAUGAAACAAAAAAAUCAAGUCGACUUAAACCAAUUGUCCAUUGCGCUUCAGAAAUUAUUUUUCAUUCGUUAAAUGUAACAUUAAGCGAUAUGAAAAGAGAGGAUAUUGAACUGAUAUAAUAAGAAGGAAUUGCUCAUUUCCUUUGGGUAAUUAUUUAUUUUCCAACGAAGGAAUGUACUAAAAACUAUUUAUUUCCUGUUUAUCGAGUGCUGAAUAGAUCAGAUAGUGGGAGUUUCCCUUUUCUACGGAAGAAGAGAUAAUAAAAAUAAUGAAGGGAUGAAAAUCGACCCCUGUCAAUGCCUUGUAUAUGUGCCAGCUGUUUAUAUUCACUUCAAGUUAUAUUCAAAGCAUGGAAAACAUCGUCUUUAAAGGGUUAUAUUUAUUACAUGCUUCAUUUGCAUUCGAAAUAUUUCAAUUACUCUUCGAACCGUCGAAACGGAGAUGUGCAACAGUGAAUGCCAGCAGUUGCACUCGCCUGUUUUAUACAGUGGAAGGAAUGAUAUAAAUAAUAAGCUCACAAUGCUUGGUGCAAAAAUUGAGGUACGGCAAUUGACAAUUGUCUUGGAGUCGUGAAAGGAUGACGUAUCAUUCGCCCUAUUAUUUUGUCAAAACCAAAUUUUUCCCGACCUUAAUAAAAUAUUGUGUUCAAUGA